CGGUCGCCGCCACACGUAUAUUAUAGUUUCCGGUCGUUCGCCGCACGAAGAAAAACGCCGCUCCGCCACCGCCGCCGACGGUUCAGUAACGCCGUUGCCGCGAACGUGUGCCCACCACCGCAGUCUUCCGGUGUGUCGCGCGCCGACCGAUUUCUGACUCCGUCUCGCCGGCGCGACAGUUCGUGAAUCCGCAUACGGCACACCGCGCGUCGUCGUCGUCGUCGUCGCUAUCGACGAUUCCGUACUGCCUAUCUUCUCCCCCCACCCCCGAUUAUCAACCACCCCGGCACAGUUUUUAUCGGUUUAAUUUUUUUUGGAAUAUCGAUUUAUUUCUUUUACACAUCGAUCACGGCCGACGAGACGCCGGCACGAGUCCGAUCCGAAAUCAGGUUACACGGUAUGACCAUAUAGCGGACCUUAUACCGCUAGACAAGCGACGGGUGUGUGUACACGACGGAAAACGGCAAACCAUCAUCGUAGAGGGCGCUUUUCGUUUACUCUGAAAUAUCCACGGUAGUGCGGGACAGCCGAGGGUAUGAGAACCGUAUACGGAAACUUCAAACAUCACGAAUAAAUGUUCGUCACUAUUUAAUUCGAGAAAGAAAAAACUAAAUGGUAGUACAAGCCGUACAGGAGCGUUUCAGCGUUUAGCGUGUUCGGCAGUACGAUCGAUCAUGUACAUUCGCCGCUUAUCACUUCUGAUACAAUUUAAGAUUUCAACUUUCAAGCUUCAAGAUUCAAGAUGAAUAAAAAAUCCAACUGAAUUUUUCAAGUGCCAGUUACACUGCUGCAUGGCAGGUAAGAAUACUGUCCGCUUCAUAUGCUCAGCUACCCAUCAAGAGAUACUAACACAGUUUCAGGAGGUGCGCUGAAUGUCAAAUAAGUGUAUACUUUUAAUUGAAUGAUUCUGCCAAUGCAUCGAAUUAAUAGCCUCAGGGAAACGUCAAUGGCAACGACAAUGUGAAGGUGACCGGAUACGACUAACGUGACAACGAAGGUGGCGGCGGCGGCUGUGGAUAACGACGCGACGCGGUACACUAACCCGCUGGACGCCAUCCGCGGUUAACUAACCGACCGAAUGGAAUAUCCCAGCGUCCUGCAGCAGCUGGCGGCCGGCUGGCCGUCGAUAGAACCGCCGUCGAGCGCCGUUGGCGGGUACAACGGCACCGACGGGUGGCCGUACAACAACGGCACCGGCGACAAGGACGCGCAGUACUGCGACGACACGUCCGGGCACGAGUCGUCGCUGUACCUGAUAUCCAAGAUCCUGUACGUGAUCGUGUGCGUGAUCGGGCUGGUGGGCAACACGCUGGUCAUAUACGUGGUGAUCCGGUUCUCCAAGAUGCAGACGGUGACCAACAUGUACAUCGUCAACCUGGCCAUCGCCGACGAGUGUUUCCUGAUCGGCAUACCGUUCCUGAUCGUCACCAUGUCCAUGGAGUUCUGGCCGUUCGGCAACGUCAUGUGCAAGGUGUACAUGACCACCACCAGCGUGAACCAGUUCACCAGCAGCAUAUUCCUGAUGAUCAUGAGCGCCGACCGGUACAUAGCCAUAUGCCAUCCGAUUUCGUCGUCCAAGGUGCGCACCGCGUACGUGUCCAAGAUCGUGUCGGUGACCGCGUGGACGUUCAGCAUCAUACUCAUGAUACCGGUCAUCAUGUACGCCAACACAAUGGACAAGGGCAACGUCAAGAGCUGCAACAUCAUAUGGCCGGAGAACGACCUGUUCAGCGGGCAGACAGCUUUCACGCUCUACUCGUUCGUGCUCGGCUUCGCCAUACCGCUUAUGCUCAUAUUCGUCUUCUACAUACUGGUCAUCAGGAAGCUGCAGACGGUGGGACCGGUGAACAAGUCGAAGGAGAAGAAGAAAUCGCACCGGAAGGUGACCAAGCUGGUGUUGACGGUGAUCACGGUGUACGUGCUGUGCUGGCUGCCGUACUGGAUCACGCAGGUGGCGCUGAUAUUCACGCCGCCCAAACAGUGCCAGUCCAAGAUCGUCAUCACGAUAUUCCUGUUGGCCGGGUGCCUGAGCUACAGCAACAGCGCCAUGAACCCGAUCCUGUACGCGUUCCUCAGCGACAACUUCAAGAAGAGCUUCCUCAAGGCGUGCACGUGCGCCGCGGGCAAGGACGUGAACGCGGGCCUGCACCAGGAGAACAGCACGUUCCCGCGCCGGAACCGUGGCGGUUCGGAGCGCGGCGGCGGCCGGACAGGGCGGGCCACCACCAUACUGUGCCAGGCGGUUAGCGGCGGCGGCGGCGGUGGCGGCGGCGCGGGCGGUUGCUGCAAAGACGCCGACGGGGGGUGUUGCGGCGAGACGGGACCACUUGUCGGACGCGCCGAGCUGGUCAGCAAGGAGAACACGUCCACCGCGCUCACCAUGACGUCCCGGUCCACGUGCAACGACAAUAACGUGCAACCCGCCCAGUUGUAACGGCAGUCGGCUAUAAUAUUAUUAUUUUUUACUCGUAAAUUUCUACGCACUAUAUUAUUAUAUAAUAUUAUAUAUAAAGAUACCUACCUAUUAAAACAUGACAACCUAUUCCUUUUUAUACGAUACAUACAUAAUAUAAUAAUUAAUAAUACCUAAGUAUAAUAAAAAUAAUAUUAGAUACACACUAUAAUAGGUAGAUCACUAUAAUAAUUAUGUUCCAUAGAGUAAUAGAUACCUUUUUUUUUUUUUUUUCGUUUUUGAACCGACGGCGCCGCGGGAAUUGCUUUCGCAUUACUGCCGCGGCUGAGUAAUAGAUACCUAUAAUAUAUAGAUCUGACCUGUCCCCUAAAAAUGUACGUACAACAACUAUACCUAUUUAUAGUUUAUACAUAACAAUAAUAAUAUAUUUAACUAAUAAUAGUCGUAACUCACAUAUUAUUAUUACCUAUAUGGCUGCUAAUAUUUCAUUAUUUUACAUAGGUACCUAUAACCUAUAAUACCUACUUAAUAUAGUUGUAUUGCUGAGGUACCUACCGUCGAGUUUAAGAGGAAACGGGACUUUUGUUUUAUAUUGUUUCUCAUACCUAUGUGGCUAUGUACGUCCUUUACCCGCUUUUCAACGAUCGCGAUUUCGAAAUAACUGUUUAUGAAUGUACAUCAUUAUUAUACCGAAUUUACCAUAAUACGGAAUAUGAGUAUAUUAUGACCACAAAGGUACCCACCCAAUAAUAUGGUCGUAUCUUGUUUGAAAUAUAAACCAUCUAUAAGUAUACCUAAGUAGGAGUACAUUGCAUUUCUUUCUAACAUUGUCGUGUACGUAGGUACAUACGCUUAGCCAGUGAUUUUAAGAUAUGCACCAAUUUUACGUCAUAAUAAUGUUCUAUAACUCCUAAUAUAAUAUUAUAUAAGUAGGUGUGUAUUGUAAAAGAAAAAAAUAUUGAAAAAUUGUUUUGGUAAAAUCGAUUAUAAUAAUGGUAACACAAAUAAACAAAACAAAUAUUUACUUUCAAUAUCAAGUGUUCUGUCGUUACCUAUAUAUUGUAUACAUACCUAUAUUAUUACACUAUUAUACAGCGCCUUAAUUUAUUUAUGCUAUUUGUACCUAAUAAGUGUCGGUCUGGCUCAUGAUAUGGCCCAAAACAAUAUCUUUCAAUUGUAGCUAUAGGAUCAAUCUAUUUGUUUUCGCUAUAUGCCUAACUAAUUUUCAGUCCAAUCUCAAAAACAUGGUUAGGUAUUUAGUCGAUACUUUUUAUAUUUUGACGUCGAUAUAAAUAAAAGGAACUUAUUACAAUUAGAAUAAUACUAACAAAACCAAAUAUAAUAAAUAUUAAUGAAAUCACUGAGAAGUGCCUAUACCUAGACAUUACACGAUAUGCUCAAAUUCUACCAUUUUGCGUUAAGCCUCCAUAAUAUCGAAAAAACUUCAGACUGGGGUGGGCCUGACCGAUACUGACUAAGUGUCUACAACAACUGUCUAUCAUAGUGAUAGUAUCAUAUUUAAACCUCUAUAAAUUAUUAUAAUAUUAUUACUCGAUAACUUGGAUUGGAAAUUACUAACCAGUUUUUUAUUUCCUAAAAGGAUGCUGUCAUUUUUUUCUGGUACCUACAUAAUAUUAUGAUUUAAGAUAACAAUAAAUGUUGAUAACAGCAUCUGAGUAUUUAGUAAAUAGUAAUUUACUUUUAAGAAGGUAUUGAUGUAUUUGACGUAAAUAUACCUAUCUACCGACCUAUUUCACUCGUUGACUCCC